CGUGUUACCUAAGACACUUUGAGCUCAGAGCUGACUGCUGAAGGUCCUGUAUAGACACAAUGAUGUUUUUAUAUUGGAUAAAGAUGCUUAUGUUUCUCGUCCUUGCUAAACAUGUCAAGAGCUGGAAUUCUGCAUCAGAUAAGGUUGUGCUGGGCAUUACUAAACUCGAGGCUUUGGACAUGUGGAGGCUGAAGAUGGAGUGGAAUAUGAAUGGUGAAGAACAUAGAAAUCAGACAUAUGAAAUACAAGUGGGACGCACAAAAAACAUGGAUGUUAUCGAAACAAUCUCAUUGAAUGCUGUACUUAACACAAUGAUCUGGAGGUCACAGAUGCCACUGAAUUGCACAGAUCACUCGGUGAGAAUCAGACACAUCUCUCAUAACUCAACCCUCGGAUCAUGGAGCGCAUGGAAAACUCACUAUGGGGAUGAAAACUUAUCUCAGAGUAAAUUCAAGAUGUACCCUGAACAACAGGUGCUAAAAGAAGGUUCCACUGUACUGUUCUGCUGUGUUUAUUCAGAAGAUACCAAUAUCACAUCUCUAUACUUCAAAAACACUCCCUAUGAAGCCAUCAAUAUAAGCCCACGAGUCAAAGCUAUUAGGGUGGAAAACAUAAAAGCUACAACAACGUGGGGUGUAAAUUCUUUCUGCGAUGAGCACGAUCAGAAAACAGUUUUUAACUAUGUUACCUUCCCUCCUGAGAAACCUCAGAAUAUUACAUGUGAGACCAAAGACUUAAGAAACGUUACCUGCUCAUGGAAAGUACGCAGAGCUCCUAAUCUGGGCAAAGGAUUCAAAAGGAAGUACAGAUUAGUAAUCAGGGACACUGAGGCGGGUAGCUGCAGGUCAGAAGGUCUUUUGGUUUCCUGCAUUUUUGAAGUCAUCCAGCAUUGGGUCUCUUACAACAUCACUUUGUUUGAAAUGAACGGUUUGGGGCAAGCCAGUGAGCAGUACGUAUUCAACAUCACAGAAAGAGUUUUCCCGUUCCCUGAGCUUUCUAAAGUGAGUGCGGGUGUACUGGAUGCUAUGGUUGUCUUGCGGUUAAAUGGAAACUUUGAAGGUCUAUCAAUAACUUGUCAGAUUCAAGUAAAGCCAGGAGAGACAAUACAGGAGAUGCAGCAGAAAGGUUCAAAUGUAUCUCAGCUUUACAAAUUCAAGAUAAAAGAACUGCAGCCCAGCAUGAACUACACCACUAGGGGGCGUUGUGCUAUACAGGGGAAUGAAUGGGGGAAAUGGACAAAUCACAGGGCAUUUUUUACAGGGCAUUUAGUGACGGUGGAUGUGUGGAGGCAAAUCAGAAAUCAUCCAAACCGCACUGUCACGCUUCUGUGGCACACUGUCAAAACCCAUCGCGAAUUGUAUAUCGAAGCCUAUGAGGUGUGUAAGAGCCGCGAGGGUCCACAUAGAAACGUGUGCAUCACUGUCACACAGACACCUCUAAAUUUAACUGUGGAUGACCAUGUCAUUAACAUCACUGUGCAGGCUGUCAUUCAAGCCGGCUUAUCUGUACCAUCCCAAAUAACCAUUCCUUCAGCAUAUACAGGCGGUGUGCUGGAGGAGAAGAGGAUUAUGGGUAAGGCAGAGGGAUUUCAGCUCUCGUGGAUGAGAGACUCUACCACCACAUGUGACUACAUCGUCGAGUGGUACGUGCUGGGUGUCCUUCACUGGAGAAAAGUCUCGGCUAAUCAGACCAACUUAACCCUCGAAGGAAGCCUUUUCAAACCAGGUGUUAGAUACGCUUUUACUGUCUACGGGUGUAACGCUGAAGGAAACAGACCUCAUGAAAAACAGAUCGGAUACUUAGAAGAACAAAAGCCCUCGAAGUUCCCCACACUGGACCAGAAUCCAACCGUGACUUGGUCUUCUGUGACCCUAAAAUGGAGUUUCAAAGAAGGAGACCCGAGUCACACCGGAUUCAUCACAGGAUAUAAGAUAACAAGACAGAAAGAUUUUAACUCUGAUAUUUCAACAAGUUUUAUAGAUAAGCCUCACAUCAAGUCUUUUACAUUCAGUGACCUAGAGGAAGAUCAGUCGUACAUAUUUCUUCUGGCUGCAUGUACAUCGGCAGGCUGCGGACCGGAGACAUCCGCCACCUUCACAACCACUAAAAACUAUUCUCUGCUGUUAGUCAAGAUUUCAGUUUCGCUCCUGGUAUUGGUCGCUUGUUGCAUUUGUCUGUGUUAUUUCAGAAAAACGCUAAAAGGAAUUCCUGAUAAAUUCAGCUUUCUGCACCUAAAAGCGUUGGAUCUGGAUGAGGAUCUUUACAAAGCAAGUGAAAAGAUUUGUAGUCUAAAGAUCGAGGACUGUCGUUGGUGUGAUGUUGAGGUUUUAGACCUGCACACCUCCUUGGUACAGAAAUCUUGGCUGACCGGCACAGAAGAUCCACGUCAUUCAUUCAUUGCUCAUAAAGUCAAAGUCCCAUCAUUCACAAAACCUUCUUACCAGCCCACCACCGGCGCAUGGGACGGACAGAACACAAAUCUCAUAAACUUCACUUAUGUGUCUUCUGGACAGCGAGAUUUAUCUGAAGAGACGGCCAAGACAGAUGGAAAAGUGCAGGAGCCCAAUAACCCUGGGUUUAUAAGUGACUAUGUCACUCAACUCUGUAUGCAUGAGUUAUGAAACUGUCCAAGGGUUGACCAAAUGACCGGAUAAAAGUGACAGCACUUGUUUGUGUGUAAAGUUGCAUCCGAAUUCAGUAUUGUGAUGUAUUUCCAUAAAUAAAUGCAAGUAUAGUUCAAUUAAAGGGACACUCCAUUUUGGAAUCCAUUCAGCCGAUCUCUGGGUCUGCCGCUAGCAGUUUUAGC